UUUACGUGCGCAAGCGCAGUUUAAAUCACGUGGAGGUUGAGCGCUUGUGGCUGUGUUAAGGAUUUAGUGGUAGUGUUCGGAACUUCUCUUUGGGUGUUAGAACUCGAAACUGACCUGGAGAAUGUUGGGCUCCAAGAACAUGCCCUGGCGGCGGCUGCAGGGCAUUUCCUUCGGCAUGUAUUCGGCGGAAGAGCUCAAGAAGUUAAGCGUUAAAUCCAUCACAAACCCUCGGUACCUGGACAGCCUGGGGAACCCAUCGGCCAACGGCCUGUACGAUUUAGCUCUGGGCCCUCCGGAUUCCAAAGAGGUGUGCUCCACCUGCGUGCAGGACUUCAACCACUGCUCCGGCCACCUGGGCCACAUCGAGCUCCCGCUCACUGUGUACAAUCCUCUCCUCUUCGACAAACUGUACUUGUUGCUCCGGGGCUCCUGUUUAAACUGCCACAGUCUGACUUGCCCCCGGGCUGUGAUUCACCUCCUCGUCUGCCAGCUGAGAGUUCUGGAAGUUGGAGCCCUUCAAGCAGUGUACGAGCUGGAGAGAAUUCUGAGCAGGUUUCUGGAAGAAAACGCCGAUCCUACUGCCUUUGAAAUCCAGGAAGAAUUAGAACGAUACACAACCGAAAUUGUACAGAACAACCUCCUGGGGUCCCAGGGCUCACAGGUGAAAAAUGUCUGUGAGAGCAAGAGCAAACUCAUUGCUUACUUCUGGAAGACACAUAUGAAUGCUAAGCGGUGUCCCCACUGCAAGACUGGGCGGUCAGUUGUCCGAAAGGAGCACAACAGCAAGCUAACAGUCACGUAUCCAGCCAUGGUGCACAGGAAAGCUGACCAGAAGGGCACAGAGCCCCUGGGAAUUGAGGAAGCUCAGAUGGGAAAACGAGGGUACCUGACACCCACCAGUGCACGAGAACAUCUUAGUGCCCUUUGGAAGAACGAAGGAUUCUUUCUGAGCUUCCUUUUUUCGGGACUAGAAGAGGUUGGCAUGGAGUCUAGAUUCAAUCCCACUAUGUUCUUUCUGGAUUUCUUGGUCGUGCCACCCUCAAGAUACCGCCCUGUCAAUCGCCUAGGGGACCAGAUGUUUACCAAUGGCCAGACGGUGAACUUGCAGGCUGUCAUGAAGGAUGUGGUUCUGAUCCGAAAGCUUCUGGCGUUGAUGGCCCAAGAACAAGAGCUGCCAUGUGAGGUGGCAGUGCCUGCAACAGAUGAGGAAAAAGACUCUUCGAAUGUGAUGGACCGAUCCUUUUUGAAUAUGCUUCCAGGCCAGUCCCUCACAGACAAACUUUACAACAUUUGGAUUCGCCUUCAGAGCCACGUCAAUAUUGUGUUUGAUAGUGAGAUGGACAAAUUAAUGAUGGAAAAGUACCCUGGCAUUAGACAGAUCCUAGAGAAGAAGGAGGGCUUAUUCCGAAAGCACAUGAUGGGAAAGCGAGUAGAUUACGCGGCCCGCUCUGUCAUCUGCCCAGACAUGUACAUCAACACCAACGAAAUCGGAAUCCCCAUGGUUUUUGCUACAAAACUGACCUACCCUCAGCCAGUUACCCCCUGGAAUGUUCAGGAGUUGAGACAGGCAGUCAUCAAUGGCCCCAACGUGCACCCGGGAGCCUCCAUGGUCAUCAAUGAGGACGGCAGUCGCACAGCCUUGAGUGCUGUGGAUCUGACCCAGCGGGAAGCCGUGGCCAAACAGCUCCUGACGCCAGCCACCGGGGCACCAAAGCCCCAGGGGACAAAAAUUGUGUGCCGGCAUGUGAAAAAUGGGGACAUUCUCCUACUGAACCGGCAGCCCACCCUGCACAGACCUUCCAUCCAGGCGCACCACGCCCGCAUCCUGCCUGAAGAGAAAGUCCUCCGGCUCCACUAUGCCAAUUGUAAGGCCUAUAACGCUGACUUUGAUGGAGAUGAGAUGAACGCCCAUUUCCCCCAGAGUGAACUGGGCCGGGCCGAGGCCUACGUCCUGGCCUGCACAGAUCAGCAGUACCUUGUUCCCAAGGAUGGCCAGCCAUUGGCAGGAUUGAUCCAAGAUCACAUGGUUUCAGGUGCAAACAUGACCAUUCGAGGUUGCUUUUUCACCCGGGAGCAGUAUAUGGAACUGGUGUACCGAGGACUCACAGAUAAGGUGGGACACGUGAAGCUCUUUCCUCCUGCCAUCCUGAAGCCUUUUCCACUGUGGACAGGAAAGCAGGUAGUGUCCACGCUGCUCAUAAACAUUAUCCCAGAGGAGUACAUCCCACUGAAUUUAUCAGGAAAGGCAAAGAUCACUGGGAGAGCCUGGGUGAAGGAGCCUCCUCGGCCUGUUCCUGGCUUUAACCCUGACUCCAUGUGUGAGUCCCAGGUGAUCAUCAAGGAAGGGGAGCUGCUCUGCGGGGUGCUGGACAAAGCGCACUAUGGGAGCUCCGCCUAUGGCCUGGUCCACUGUUGCUAUGAGAUCUACGGAGGGGAGACGAGUGGCAAGGUUCUCACCUGCCUGGCCCGCCUCUUCACUGCCUACCUGCAGCUCUACAGAGGCUUCACCUUGGGCGUGGAAGACAUUUUGGUUAAGCCAAAGGCGGAUGUCAAGAGACACAGGAUCAUCGAGGAGUCCAGCUGCUGCGGGCCCCGGGCUGUCAGGGCUGCGUUAAACCUGCCAGAAACCGCGUCAGGGGAUGAGGUCCGAGAGAAAUGGCAGGAUGCCCAUCUGGGCCAAGACCAGAGGGAUUUUAACAUGAUCGAUAUGAAGUUCAAGGAGGAAGUGAACCAUUACAGUAAUGAGAUUAACAAGGCAUGCAUGCCUUUUGGCCUGCACAGGCAGUUCCCAGAGAACAACUUGCAGAUGAUGGUGCAGUCUGGAGCCAAAGGUUCUACUGUGAACACCAUGCAGAUCUCAUGCCUCCUGGGCCAGAUUGAAUUGGAAGGCCGGAGACCCCCGCUGAUGGCGUCUGGCAAGUCGCUGCCCUGCUUCGAGCCUUAUGAAUUCACCCCCAGGGCUGGCGGCUUCGUCACUGGCAGGUUCCUCACCGGCAUCAAACCUCCUGAGUUCUUCUUUCACUGCAUGGCAGGACGAGAGGGUCUGGUCGACACCGCUGUGAAAACCAGCCGCUCUGGCUACCUCCAAAGGUGCAUCAUCAAGCACCUGGAGGGCCUUGUCGUCCAGUAUGACCUGACAGUCCGCGAUAGCGAUGGCAGCGUGGUGCAGUUCCUGUACGGGGAGGACGGCCUGGACAUCCCCAAGACACAGUUCUUACAGCCCAAGCAGUUCCCCUUCCUCGCUAGCAACUAUGAGGUAAUAAUGAAAUCGAAGCAUCUCCAUGAAGUUUUAUCCAGAGCAGAUCCGCAAAAAGCUCUCCGCCAAUUCAGAGCCAUCAAAAAAUGGCAGAGCAAGCAUCCCAACAGCCUGCAGAGAAGGGGUGCCUUCUUGAGUUAUUCCCAGAAAGUACAGGCAGCUGUGAAAGCCUUGAACCUCCAGGAUGCGAAUCAGCUUGGCCGCAGCCCCGGGACUCACCAGGUGUUGAGGAUGUGGAGUGAGUUAGAUGAGCAGAGCCGAAGGAAAUACCAGAAGAAGGCAGCUCCCUGUCCUGACCCCAGUCUGUCUGUCUGGCGCCCAGACAUCUACUUUGCAUCGGUGUCCGAAACAUUUGAAAAAAGGGUGGAUGAUUUUAUUUGUGAGUGGGCAUCUCAAGCGGAGAAGAGUUUUGAGAAGUCAGAGCUUUCUCUUGACAGUUUGAGGACCCUGCUGCAGCUGAAGUGGCAGCGCUCGCUGUGCGACCCGGGUGAGGCGGUGGGCCUGCUGGCUGCCCAGAGCAUUGGGGAGCCCUCCACACAGAUGACCCUGAACACCUUCCACUUCGCCGGCAGAGGCGAGAUGAACGUCACCCUGGGCAUUCCGAGGUUGAGGGAGAUUCUCAUGGUGGCCAGCGCCAACAUCAAGACACCCAUGAUGAGCGUGCCUGUUCUCAACACCAAAAAAGCACUGAAGAGGGUGAAAAACCUGAAGAGGCAGCUCACUAGGGUGUGCUUAGGGGAGGUGUUGCAGAAGAUCGAUGUCCAGGAGUCUUUCCGGAUGGGAGAAAAACAGGACAAGUUCCGGGUGUACCAGCUGCGGUUUCAGUUCCUGCCCCAUGCGUAUUACCAGCAGGAGAAAUGCUUGAGACCUGAGGACAUCCUGCACUUCAUGGAAACAAGAUUCUUUAAAAUUCUGGUGGAAUCCAUCAGGAAGAAGAAUAACAAGGCAUCCGCUUUCAGAAGUGUGAACACUCGAAGAGCUACCCAGCGGGAUCUAGACAACCCUGGGGAGUCAGGGAGGAAUCGGGGAGGGCAGGAAGGGGAAGAGGAAGAGGAGGAGCACAUUGUGGAUGCUGAAGCUGAAGAGGGAGAUGCUGAUGCCUCUGAUGUCAAACGCAAGGAGAAGCAAGAGGAAGAGGUGGACUAUGAGAGCGAGGAAGAGGAGGAGAAGGAGGGGGAGGAGAACGAAGAUGAGGAUGUGCCGGAGGAAGGGAAUGUCCAUGGGGAAGGCGCCCACAAGGCCCAGGAACCGGGUGAAGAAGAGGCGGGCUCAGGCCCCGAGGAGAACUCGCCCCCAGCUCUGCCCUUGAGGCAGUCCCGGAAGGCCACCUGUGGCCAGGAGCCCAAGGGAGCUGAGGCCGUGGAGCGCCGGGUGCAGGCUGUUCGUGAAUCCCACCCGUUCAUAGAGGACUACCAGUAUGACACGGAGGAGAACCUGUGGUGCCAGGUGACGGUGAAACUCCCGCUAAUGAAGAUUAACUUUGACAUGAGUUCCCUGGUAAUGUCCUUGGCCCACAGUGCUGUCAUCUACGCGACCAAGGGCAUCACGAGGUGCCUCCUGAAUGAAACCACCAAUGCCAAGAACGAGAAGGAGCUUGUCUUAAACACAGAAGGAAUCAACCUUCCAGAGCUAUUCAAGUAUGCCGAGGUCCUGGAUUUGCGCCGCCUCUAUUCCAAUGACAUCCACGCGAUGGCCAGCACCUACGGCAUUGAGGCUGCACUGCGGGUGAUCGAGAAGGAGAUCAAGGAUGUGUUUGCUGUUUACGGCAUUGCAGUUGAUCCCCGCCAUCUCUCCCUGGUUGCCGACUAUAUGUGCUUUGAGGGUGUUUACAAGCCGUUGAACCGCUUUGGGAUCCGGUCAAACUCAUCCCCCCUGCAGCAGAUGACAUUUGAAACCAGUUUCCAGUUCCUGAAGCAGGCCACCAUGAUGGGGUCCCACGACGAGCUGCGGUCCCCUUCAGCCUGCCUCGUGGUUGGGAAGGUUGUCAGGGGCGGGACAGGCCUGUUUGAGCUCAAGCAGCCCCUGAAGUAGCAGCCACCACAGCGCCAUCUCUCUGGCCAGAGGAGAGCCCAGAGGACCCAGGUGGGGCCUGGCCUGGCCUGACCUGACCUGCCCUUCACGUGAGAGGACCAGGAGACCAGGGUCCCAGUGGUUCAAAGUGACAGUGCAAAGCAUAGCAGUGACGUUGGGGUUCCAAAGAGCAGCUGGCUUUUGGGCUGGACCAGCUUCCCCAGGAAAGUGGUUGACCAUCCUUUUUCCUUCCCCUCUGUGGGUAUAAACAAGGUUCACCAAAUCCCCCGAGCCCCUCCGAGGUCUCAGGGCCUUACCCUGUGCUGCAGGAGGCUUCAGAGGCGAAAUGCCCGGCCCGUCCAUGGUAGAAGGCGGGGGCCCAUUGCUCUGGGCAGCCAGUGACUGCGCGGGAUUGCUGGGGCUCUCAAGCAAGAAGAAAGCGCCCACGGCCUGCCCCUCCUGGCUGCCACAGCCCCAGGGGACCUAGUUCCCAAGGACUCUCCACCCAAGGCUCUUUUCCCUGGGCCAACUACAGGGUGGUACAGCCUUCCACCCACCCAGCUUCUGUGCCUGGCUCCUGGCAUGUGGCCACAUGUCCUUCUCAACCAGAUUAGCUCUGAGCCUGAGGUUGGUCUCUCCAGGGCCCCGGCAGCUCACCCCCACACAUAAAUCUCCGAGUCGCUGGCCAGGCUGCGCUGUUUGAAUGAAAGGCUGACUAUCUUCCCUGGCUCCGCGCAGUCCAGCAUUGAGGCCCGUGUCCCCCCUGCGCAGACCCUGCUCCGUCUGGCUCCCUUAAUCUCUGGCACCGCA